AUGGCCAAGUUCUCGCCAGCGACAACGCACACACAUGGCGGAGAUGGCCGCGCUGGCUUGCCUGACCACAUCCACCACCUCGGCGCGUUCACAGAGUUGCAUUUGCACGACAUGGCUUCCGGCCAUGCUGCGACAUCCGAGCUUGUUGACGCGCACGCCAUCAUCCACGACUUGGAGCGUCAAUGCCGUGAACUCAAGCACAAAGUGCGAAGCCUGGAAGGCGCCAAACUCUUGUGGGAGAUCACGCGGAUGAGCAUGGAGUUCCAAGCGAUCAAAGACUUGGACGAAACCCACCGGCUCCGGAGUGCACUCGAGGACGAGCUCAUCCUCGCCAAGCACCGCGCGCGCCAUUUCGAACAAGAACACGCCAAGCUUGUCCAAGCCAACACCGAGAAAGACCUACGAUUCGCAGAGCUUGAAGCCAAGUUGCAGCUCCUUGGCGACACCUCGCUCAUCGAGAAGCGGAUAGCGGACCUGGAGAAGCAAGUCAGCGAGCUCGACGAAAGCAACAAGGAGCAUGAAGUGCGAGAGGGGGAGCUGCUGGACUUGCUCGAUCGUCAGGAAAUGCGCGACAUGGAGCGGCAGUUCGCCAAGCAGUCUAGUCGAGGCUUGUUGGUGCGAGAGAUCAAGCAAGAGCUAUGGAGUAAAGUCAAGAACCCGGCGGGAUGGCUGCGCGUCGGGAAAAACAAAGCGUUUGGUGCAUCCCGAGACAUCACAAGCACAUUCCCCGACCUAGAGCUGCUGGACCUACUCAAGCGCGAAGUCCCAAAGCUCAACAUGCGACCGCAGUACAAUCGCCACUCGAUCACAUAAUGAUGCGAGUCGGGUGCAGCCCGCUGGCUAGCCACUCCAGUCCUAAUUUACGC